AUGGAAGAAAGAACUUGCAGUUGCCGAAGAUGGGACUUAACUGCCAUGCCAUGUAGGCAUGCAGUUGCUUGUAUUUGGAACAUGAGGAUGAAUGGAUGCGGUGAUGGAAUACCAGAAAGGUAUGUUGAUAGAUGCUAUUGGGUUGACACAUGGAAGGCUGUGUAUAUGAAUACAAUAGAACCGAUUAAUGGCAGGGACAUGUGGCCACUUUCUAGAUGCCCAACCACAUUAGUUGCACCAAAGUAUCACAAACAAGCUGGGAGGCCUAAGAAGAAAAGAAAGAAGUCUGCUGUCGAGCUUGAGGAAUUGAAGAAAAAUGUUGAAACGGGUCCAAAAUUGCCAAGGAAGGCAAACUCAUUAAGUUGUGGAUUGUGUGGUGCAAAGGGACAUAAUAGAAGAAGAUGUAAAAAUGGUGGAGCAACAGCUGGUGAUUGA